AUGGCAAACCAUCUUACGCCAGAAUACUCUAAUGAGCUUCUUAGGUUUGUUAAUGAAGUGUACACACAAGACAUUGCACAUUACUACCCCAAGUUAAGAUUGGAAAAACUAAUAGAUCUUUUAGAGCAUGCCGAGUAUCUGUUUGAGUCAUAUCGCAAUGCGCUGAAGGCAAAACAAAGAGAUGAGAUGCUGACGGCUUUUGUUGUUGGUUGCUUCUACAUAUAUCUCAUUAUACCGCGCUCAAUUCAAUUUCACUCUCGGGAUAAAUCGUACGCGAUCUACGCAGAUCUAAAGAAAUACUACCAGGAUGAGACACACAUGACAAAUGUUCUGUUGAUGGUUACCGGUGUUAUAGAGUCCAUGAGUAAAGAUGAAUUAGAAACGGCCAAAAUUGUGCGGAAAAGAGCUUACUCGGUUCCUCAUCGAGAUUUAGCUGAUAAAUUUGGAUCUCUGGCUCUUUCAAGCAAAGGAAGUGCGGCGUCAAGUAAUGCAGAUCAUGAUAAUGACUCCACAAUGUGGACGGCACCAGACUUAGAACCCAAUGACCAUUUAAAGGUGAAUUUGGGAUCGUUCAGUUCCUCUGCUACACUUGGUGCCAUUGGCGAACAAUCGUCAAGCAAAGGACAUUCUUCAUCUUCCGAUGACUCAGAUCCCUUCAACUCGGCCACUAAUCUUGAUUCGCGAGGUCGAAGAGGCUCGGCACCAGUGAAUGCUCUGCCGAAACAAGAGCAAGAUUUGACUGGCAAAAAAGAUAGCAUAUACGCCCAAAACGUAAACCGUUAUGAGACGCAUAGGAAAGAUUCAUGUCAUUCUGUUCAUAUGUUGAAUGAGGAAUAUGAUAGUUUUACAUUCAACCUGGCGAGACUACAAAAACAAUCAAUCAUAGGGUGUGAUCAACUCUUCAAGAUUCUGGCUAGCAAGGAAAGAGAUGAACUACUUGUCGUGGACCUAAGAUUUUCCAAACGAUAUCAGGCUAAUCACGUAGUUGCUCCAAAUCUCAUCAACAUUGAUCCCAGAUGUCUUUGGGAUGUGGAAAAAAAUGGUCCAGUCGAAAGCGUAACUCAGAUAGCGCGUCUUCUAGACAGUGAACUUUUCAAUAGGAGGUUUACGUUCAAGCGUAUCAUUUAUUAUACUGAUAUGAAGACUUACAUGCGGCUUGACUUUGACUAUCAGUUACUGUUUUUUCAAUUGAUAUACACAUCAAGCAAGCCACUGAAUUGCGUUCCCGAAGUUCUCCUUGGUGGGUAUGAACAAUGGAAAAGAUUUAUUACUAAAAUUUCGCAAAACAAAACUGUCCACAAAGAAGCGUUUUUCUUCAGACCCACCAGUAGCCAGGUGACUAGAGAAUCGCAAGCACUUUCCAGUUUCACAAAUCGUCCACUUCCGGUUCCAUCUAAUCCUCCGCCACCACUUCCGGUUCCAGAUAGAGGAAGUGUCUUAUCAGCGCCAGGCAAUCGCGCACCGUUUCCACUGCCGACGGAUCAGGGCUCGCGUUUGAAUUCCCACUUAGCGAAACGUCCAUCACCAAACCAUGCACAUGGCGACUUUCAUGCAUCCGUGACCCCCAAGUAUCAUACAGACUACAGUAACGAGGCAGUUCAUGUUGCAGUCCCGACAAUUGAAGAGAGUUCGGAUGAAUAUGUUUCUUUAUCCAUCACUGGACUGCGGAAUGUCGGUAACACAUGUUACAUCAAUACUAUGGUUCAAUGCUUGUUUGCAACAAGUGCAUUCAGGGAACUAUUCCUAUCAAGUCGAUACGAAAAGUAUUUGUCCAAGAAUUCAACGAAUCAAAAAAAACUCUCUUCUUAUUUCCAUCUUCUUUUCAAGAAAAUGUACAUGAAUGGUGGAUGCUCGGUAGUUCCAACAGGAUUUCUCAAGGCUUGUGACUCCCUUCGGCCUGAUCUGAAAAUCCCAUAUGAUCAGCAAGAUACCCAAGAAUUUCUACUUUUCCUUUUAAGCCAACUUCACGAUGAGCUUUCGGAAUCCAAUCAAGUUGCAAAUGAUUAUCCUGACCUUUUACUUCAUGAUGAUGAACAAUUAGAUGUUGACCGGAAGGAGUAUGAUAAAUGGUUCGAGAAUCACGUCUCCAAGAAUGGAGUUUCUCCCAUUGACGAAAUAUUUCAAGGUCAGAUUGAAAAUGCGCUUUACUGCCAGCGGUGUGGACACUCGUCCUAUAACUAUUCAGUGUUCUACGUUCUGUCACUGGCAAUCCCUAGCAUGUCCUCUACGUUUGGUCAGAAGAAAAAGGUGAGGCUGGAAGAUUGCAUUAAUCUGUUCACAGGAGAUGAACAGCUUACAAAUGAGAAUGCAUGGGACUGUCCUAAGUGUGGCAGUGCAGCAUCUGGACUGGGCCCAGAGGAGGACAAAAGAAAGAAAAGAUUUACAUUGGCGGCUGAUAGCCGAGGUGGCAGUGGAGGCCGUAGUCGGUUUUUUAAAUUGCGUUCUAAGUCAAGAAGCAGGUCCGAAUCGCCAUUCAGAAAACACAGCGCCCAAAUUUCUAAUCCUAAGGAUUGGAGACAAAAGAAGCUCACUACGAUCAAGACCAUAAAUUUCAUUUCUCUACCAUCUGUGCUCACAAUUCAUCUAUCAAGGUUCUUUUACGAUCUCACGAAGAAAAACAAUAAAGUCAUCACUUAUCCCUUAACACUCAGUAUUGUCCUCAAAAACAGUGAAGUUGUAAACUAUCGACUAUUUGCCAUCGCCAAUCACUUUGGGAACUUGAUAAGCGGACAUUAUACAUCUUUGGUCAACAAGGAUUUGUUGCAUGAACUCAGGAAAGGUGAACAAAAAUGGUACUACUUCGAUGACGAAGUUGUUAAAAAAGACAUCAACCAUGGAGAUAUUGAUGCAGGCAUUACAAGUGUCUCCAGUAGUGAUGUGUACGUUCUGUUUUAUGAGCGUAUUCAAGGAUAG